AUGAAGCCUCCAACAUCUCCAUUGAAGAUGAACAAGGACUCUUGUUACAUCAAGAAAUCCCCUUCAUCCUCAUUCCUAAACCAGCAGCAGCAGCGGCAUCAUCCCGUUAUAAUUUAUACUCAUUCCCCCAAAAUAAUUCAUACCAAUCCCUAUGAUUUUAGGGCAUUAGUCCAAAAACUCACUGGUCUUUCUAGUCAUAAUUCUGACCCAAAUACUAAUUAUCAUGACAACAACAACAGUUGCGAUGCCAGGAUUAAUUCCUCAUCAGCUACCAUUUUUGAUCUGCCUAACACUAAUCAAGAUACAAACAACAAUGAUAUCGGGAUUAAUUCAUCAUCACCUUACUGCAUUCCUCAGGAACGAGCCAUUUUUGAUCUGCCUCACACUAUUGAUGAAAAUGAAAAUGAAGAUACUGACUUGGAUUUCUUGUAUUCAGCUUCUUAUGAACCGCUCUGUAAUUAUACCGAUUCUUUCUUCUUCAAAUAG